AUGGAGAAAGAGAGCAGCCAACAAGUCGCCUUCUUUAAGCAUCAUUUAAGCCUUUUCAAGAAAGCUAGCGAGCUUUCCAUUCUAUGUGGAGCUCAGGUGGCGGUGAUCGUUUUCUUGCCGGGAAACAAGGCCUUCUCAUUUGGCAACCCAAGCGUGAACGCCGUUGUUAACCAAUUCCUAACUCAAAAUCGGUCCUUGGAAAAGAAGAAUGACCUGAUCAUCGAGGCUCAACAGAACGCCACCAUGAUGGAGCUGAGCCAGCAGUUGAACCAUGUGGAAAACAUGCUUGAGGUCGAGAGGCAGCGGGGCCAAGCGUUGGACCAGAUGAGGAUUGCUAGUCAAGGAGAAUUUUGGUGGGAGCAACCGAUCGAUAAGAUGAACAUGGAGCAACUAGAGCAGAUGAAGACAAACUUGGAGGAUCUGAAGCACAGGGCCAUCAAGCAGGUGGAAAAGCUAACACAAGAGCAAGCUGCUAGUCAUUUCAAUACUUUCAUGGCAGGGUCAAGCUCUCUGGGCAAUGGUGGCAACGUGACAUCGUUUCUUGUAGGCGGAGCCAAUGAUGAUCCUUCAUCGCUUGUUACUGGGCGUGAUUUUUCUGGUGCUCCAUGUGAUGUCAAGGCUUCAACCUCUGCUCCUUCAAUUGUUCCUUGA